CGCUUCCAAAUUGUAUAACUUUGUCACGUACUGUGCAAAGUGCACUUUCACUGCUCCGAUUUGUGGCCGUUUUAAGGGGUUAGGGAGCCCCAAUUGUCGCGUGGCAACGUUUACACUCACGAUUUGUCCUUUGCAGAACCAGCAAUAUGAAGUUACUCACAGCAAAGGAGGUGCGCAACGCCUAUCUGGACUUCUUCAAGGAGCAGAAGCACAUCUAUGUUCACUCGUCCAGCACGAUUCCAUUGGACGAUCCCACGCUGUUGUUCGCCAACGCCGGCAUGAAUCAGUUCAAGCCCAUUUUUCUGGGCACCGCUGAUCCCAACAGCGAAAUGUCCAAGUGGGUGCGCGUGGCCAACACGCAGAAGUGCAUUCGCGCCGGUGGCAAGCACAACGAUCUGGACGACGUGGGCAAGGAUGUCUAUCAUCACACCUUCUUUGAAAUGCUGGGAAACUGGUCCUUCGGUGACUACUUUAAGAAGGAGAUCUGCUCCUGGGCCUGGGAGUUUCUCACGCAGCGACUCGCCCUACCCAAGGAUCGUCUGUAUGUGACUUACUUUGGUGGUGACGCGGCCAGCGGUCUGGAGCCCGAUCUGGAGUGCAAGCAAAUGUGGCUGGACUUGGGCCUGAAACCGGAACACAUCCUGCCGGGCAGCAUGAAGGACAACUUCUGGGAGAUGGGCGAGACUGGGCCCUGCGGACCAUGCUCUGAGCUGCACUUCGACCGGAUCGGCGGGCGCAGCGUUCCGGAGCUGGUCAACAUGGACGAUCCCGAUGUCCUGGAGAUCUGGAAUCUCGUGUUCAUCCAGUACAACCGUGAAUCUGAUGGCAGCUUGAAGCAACUUCCCAAGAAGCACAUUGAUUGCGGCAUGGGUUUCGAGCGGCUGGUGUCCGUCAUCCAGAAUAAGCGAUCUAACUACGAUACCGAUCUGUUUGUGCCACUUUUCGAUGCCAUCCAGGCGGGCACUGGUGCCCCACCUUACCAGGGUCGUGUGGGUGCCGACGAUGUGGACGGCAUUGACAUGGCCUACCGCGUGCUUGCCGAUCACGCCCGCACCAUCACCAUUGCUUUGGCUGAUGGCGGCACUCCGGACAACACUGGCCGAGGCUAUGUGCUGCGACGCAUCCUUCGUCGCGCUGUGCGUUAUGCCACUGAGAAGUUGAAUGCCAAGCCCGGUUUCUUCGCCACCCUGGUGAACACAGUGGUUGAUCUGCUUGGUGAUGCCUUCCCGGAGGUGAAAAAAGAUCCCCAACACAUCAUUGAUAUUAUCAACGAGGAAGAGUUGCAGUUCCUUAAGACGUUAACGCGCGGGCGCAACUUGCUGAACCGCACAAUCGAAAAGUUGGGUAACCAGACUACCAUUCCCGGAGAUGUUGCUUGGCGGCUGUACGACACCUACGGCUUCCCAGUCGAUCUAACCCAGCUUAUGGCAGAGGAGAAAUCCUUGAAAAUCGAUAUGGAUGGCUAUGAGGCAGCCAAGCAUAAUUCAUAUGUGCUUUCGCAGGGCAAAGGUGCUAGCAAAAUCGAGGAGAUCAAUCUGGAUGUGCACGCCAUUUCGCAGCUGCAGGAGCAAGGUGUGCCACCAACCAACGACACCUUCAAGUACAAGUACGAGGCUGUGUCUGACGAACGUGACUCCGCCUACAACUACGGUGUGUGCAAUAGUAAAAUUGUUGCCCUGCGCUUCGAAAACCAGUUUGUGAACGAGAUCACCAGCGGACAGAAGGCGGGCAUCGUUCUGGACAAAACAAAUUUCUAUGCAGAGAGCGGUGGUCAAAUCUACGACCAAGGUGCACUGGUUAAAGUCAAUGACGAGGCGAACGAGUUCCUUGUGGACCGUGUCUACAACCGCGGAGGCUACAUUCUUCACAUUGGCGUUGUAGAGGGCACCCUUAAGGUGGGUGAUGAGUUGGAACUGCACAUCGACGUGGAGCGUCGCUGGUUGACCAUGAAAAACCACUCGGCCACCCAUGCCCUCAACCAUUGCUUGCUGCAAGUAUUGGGUAAGGACACCGAACAGAAAGGCUCUCUGGUAGUGCCAGAGAAGCUACGCUUUGACUUCAACAGCAAGGCGGCAAUGACCAUCGAGCAGGUGUCCAAGACGGAGCAGCUGACUAAGGAGAUGGUGUACAAGAAUGUGCCGAUCUACGCAAAGGAGUCGAAAUUGGCCCUGGCCAAGAAGAUCCGAGGCCUGCGAUCGGUCUUCGACGAAGUGUACCCGGAUCCCGUUAGGGUAAUCUCCUUCGGAGUGCCCGUAGAUGAACUGGAGCAGAAUCCCGAUUCUGAAGCCGGCGAACAAACCUCCGUCGAGUUUUGCGGCGGCACCCAUUUGAGGCGCUCGGGUCACAUAAUGGACUUUGUUAUCAGCAGCGAAGAGGCCAUUGCCAAGGGUAUCCGAAGAAUUGUGGCUCUUACAGGACCCGAAGCUCUGAAGGCACUGAAGAAAUCUGAAGCAUUUGAACAAGAAAUCGUCCGGCUUAAGGCCACCAUUGAUAACGAUAAGUCCGGUAAGGACUCCAAGUCGCAUGUGAAGGAGAUUGUUGAGCUGACUGAACAGAUCUCGCAUGCUACGAUUCCCUACGUGAAAAAGGACGAGAUGCGCAAUCUGCUGAAGGGCUUGAAGAAAACAUUGGACGAUAAGGAACGUGCCCUGCGUGCCGCUGUCUCGGUCACUGUUGUGGAGCGCGCCAAGACUCUGUGCGAAGCCAAUCCCAAUGCCACCGUGCUGGUCGAGCAGUUGGAAGCCUUUAACAACACCAAGGCGCUGGAUGCCGCACUGAAGCAAGUGCGCAGCCAGCUGCCCGACGCUGCCGCCAUGUUUCUGUCAGUGGAUGCGGACUCCAAGAAGAUCUUCUGUCUCAGCUCGGUGCCGAAAAGUGCCGUGGAAAAGGGUCUGAAGGCCAACGAGUGGGUGCAGCAUGUUUCCGCCACGCUGGGAGGCAAGGGAGGUGGCAAACCGGAAUCCGCCCAGGCAUCGGGCACAAAUUACGAAAAGGUGGACGAAAUUGUCCAAUUGGCCAGCAAAUUCGCUCAGUCGAAACUGUCUUAAGAGCAUAAAGGAUUCGAAAGCGGCAAGACCUUCAAUUACUCACAAUUUUGAUACACAACUAUGCUUAAUCUUAAUCCGUUGAUCUGUUUUAAACAGCAUUUCAGAUGAAUUUUUACGGCUAUUUAUAAAAUAAAAGCAUUUAUACACUAAAUUAAUU